AUGAAUAUGACAACAAAUAUUAUCUUAAAUAUUACUAAAAAACCUAAGCAUUACUCCCAUAUAGAUGAUUCUUUUAUUGCUUCUGAUACUUCAUGUUUAAAAGUAUAUUCUACAAGAGAGAAGAUAAAUAAAUUUGUUUUUCCUAUUAAAUUUUUUUUAUUUAUUUUUUUAAUUUGGAUAUUACAAUGUUCUAAUAACUGUACUUGUAGACCCAUGGAUACGAAAUACACCUUAAAAGAUAAAUUUGAUUUAAGAACUGCAAGAUCACUAGCUGAAGGUAAAAGGACGGAUGUAAUAAAAACAAACUUACCAAUAGAAAUAGAACAAAUGUGUUCAGAAAGAGAUACAGAAUUAUUACAAGAAAAUGUUAAAGAGAAAAUAACAGACAAUAAAUUAUUGUAUAGAAAUAUUUUAAGAAAAAUUUCUCUUUUUUCCAUUGUAAUUUUACCAAUAGUUUCUUAUAUAAUAUCUAGUUUGGUAUUUAUGGAUUCAUUUUAUAGUAAUACGUUACUUUGUAGUUGCAUAUUACUAAUUAGCAUUUCUAUUUUUUUUAAUUCGCUUCAUAUUGUAGAUUUAUUGAAAGGUAAGAAUAAUUUUAAAAUAUAA